AUGGCGGAACUACAGGGAACCCCGGUCGCCCAAGACGCCCUGUCCGUAGCCCAGUUAGAGCUCGGUGGAAAUCCGAACGCCUUGGCUUUGCGUAGGCCAUUCGACCCUGUGGCACAUGAUCUCGACGCGACCUUCCGCCUUACGCGGUUCGCCGAUCUGAAAGGAUGAGGGUGUAAAGUCCCUCAGGAGGUUCUCGGGAAACUCCUUGAGGGACUGCAGGCCGACGAUGGUAGCGCACAAGAUCAUGAGCAUGCCCAUUUUAUGCACAUGGCCAUUCCACGCAUUGGCAUUGGCAUGGAUUCCUCCGUGACUCCACUGAGGCAUGGAGGGCUAAGCUUGGUGCAGACCACAGACUUCUUCUAUCCAUUAGUAGAUGAUCCUUACAUGAUGGGUAAAAUUGCUUGUGCAAAUGUUAUCAGCGAUCUGUAUGCCAUGGGUGUCACGGAGUGUGACAACAUGUUGAUGUUGCUGGGAGUCAGUACAAAAAUGACUGAGAAGGAACGGGACGUUGUUGUACCUUUGAUCAUGAGAGGAUUCAAAGAUUCUGCCUUGGAAGCUGGUACAACAGUGACAGGAGGACAGACAGUUGUUAAUCCUUGGUGUACAAUAGGUGGUGUUGCUUCUACUGUUUGUCAACCAAAUGAAUACAUUGUGCCAGACAAUGCAGUUGUUGGUGAUGUUCUUGUACUGACAAAACCUCUUGGGACUCAAGUUGCAGUCAAUGCCCAUCAGUGGUUGGACCAACCAGACCGCUGGAACAGAAUCAAACUUGUGGUUAGUGAAGAUGAUGUGAGAAAAGCUUAUCAGAGAGCAAUGGACAGUAUGGCUAGGCUUAACAGAAUAGCGGCUAGAUUAAUGCAUAAAUACAAUGCUCAUGGCGCAACAGAUGUCACGGGAUUCGGCCUCUUAGGACACGCACAAAAUCUAGCUAAACAUCAGAAAAAUGAAGUCUCCUUUGUUAUUCAUAAUUUACCUGUUAUCGCUAAAAUGGCAGCUGUGGCAAAAGCAUGCGGUAACAUGUUUCAACUCCUUCAAGGACAUUCGGCAGAAACCAGCGGAGGGUUGCUUAUUUGCCUACCUAGAGAACAGGCUGCAGCAUAUUGUAAGGACAUCGAGAAACAGGAGGGAUACCAAGCGUGGAUUAUUGGUAUCGUAGAAAAGGGAAAUCGCACAGCCAGAAUAAUUGAUAAACCACGAGUAAUAGAAGUGCCAGCUAAAGAAAAAGACGGAGAACUUUGGUAAAGAAUCGAGGAUGUUUCGUGAAACUUUUCAUUUACCUUCAUGUAUGUAGGAGAUACCACACGCAACACAGAAAAAAACACGCAUUUACAUAAGCUGGACACUUAUCAUACCAGAUUCAGAGCACUUACAUGUGCACCAAUAUUACGAAGG